GUUUUGUUGUUUUUUUUUGUUUUUGUUUUUACAUUUCCAGUCUAAAAGAAAGCCAAGUCUUACUGCAGAUAUAAUUUUGGUUCACUUUCUGCAAACACAGACCUCAAACUCACACAGCACAACUGAAUGCACAUGGAUGAACUCAAUGUUUGUGCAUUCUGCACACUGUCUAUGAUGUGCAUUCUUGUUGUGUCUACGUGUGUGCAACCUGUUUUUUGAUGCAGGUGAAGGGGGUGACAGACCACUAAGGCAGAGCUUGUUGCUCGCCUUUAUAAGGCAGGACACCCUACAUUCAUUCAUUCAAUUUUUCAGUGAGUGGUCCAACAAGGACAUUUUCCAAAUGUUUUAUUUAGUAAAACCAAUUCAUUGCUGUUUGAGCUAAGUUUACCUAUUCUACUGUCUCUCUUUAAUAGUGUUAUUAGAACAUCAAAGAACAAUGUGUCUCUUUGAAAAGAUCAAGGACAGUAUUGAGAGCAUUCCUUCUGAACUGUGUCGUACCAUGGAACAAAGUGAGGAAUAUAUCUUUAAUUCUUCCAAGACCAGCAUGUCUCUUAAUGUGCACAGCAACCUCCUCACCCCUGACAAGAUCCCAGAGUUCUGCUUGCCUCCAAGGCUCUCAAGGAGAAAUGUUUUGCAGGAGGCAGAAACACCCUCUUCUCACCUGCUCAGGAAAAACCAAGUACAAAGUGCUUUCUUUAACACCAUGCAGGUAAUGCCAAAGGAUGCCAAAGUAAGGAAUAGCAAUGUAUCAAUGGUUUGUAAGGAUAUGAAGAGACCUCCAUUCUCUGCAGAGAGUUUUGGUCUGGCUGGAAUAUACGAAAGUCCGAACACUCGAAGGAAGGAAUCUUUGUUCCACCCAAAGUUUCCUGCAUACACACUUUACAAAAAAAUCCUCCUGCAGCACACUAUAUCAGAUACUCCCUCAUCUAGCGACUCAUCGCCCCUCGGUUCUCCUUAUUCCUCUAGGUCCUCUGUUUACAUCACAUCAAGCAGAGGUUGUCUUAAAGGAGCCACAUCUUGCCCUGUGUUACCUGGCAGUCAGGAGGAGACUGGCGUAAUGAGGAGAGAGGUUGUCAGUUUACACACCUUUCCAAAUAACCCUCCCAGCUCGUUUGGAAGCUUACUAACCCUAGCUACACCUGUACUCUUCCCACUAGAUGUUCUUCAGUGCCAGGAGAGACUGCUUCGAGAGCAUGUCAUUCCUUUGCAGGGCCGAGGUAAAGUUAGACUCUCUGCUGAAACCACCUUCUCCUCCAACACCAUCUUGGGCCAUUGGAAUGACACUCAAAAACCCCUGAAAUGUGCAGUGACUCUGUGCUUGACAACAGGGAAGUUGCAGUUACAGAAGAGCGCCACCAUUAGGACAAGCCACAGCCCUGUGUUUAAUGAAGAUUUCUACUUCACAGCACUUAGUUGGGAGGACCUGCUGGAACUUCAGCUAAGAGUAAAACUAGUAGAUAAACCUGUCUCUGGGCCACUGAGGAGAAGGACAGUCAUCGGAGUAUUCACUAAACCAUUGUCUCAGUUACUUUAUCUACAAAAAUUAAUUUAGUAGUGACAAUUCACUCCUACAAAUGGAGGAAGGAAUGAGGAACCAGAGACUAUUAGGAAGACGGUAGAUCAGGUUAGAAAGGAUGAAGUUAAA